AAUGAGAUGUAUUGAACCAAUCCGAGAUAAAAGUGGAAACCACUCGAGAUGGCUAGGGGGUAGAUAGCGUGAUAAGCGGAUGAAAUGACAUCGUUAUUAAUAACUGCAUUAAAUAGAUAUUAUCUUUCAAUAUUUGCCGCAGCUUAAUGUUUCUAUAGUAACGUAGCGUCUGUUUUCGAUACAUUUGUCGGUUAAUUCUUGUAUCAUAUUUUUAAAAGAAGCAUUCUAUUAAGUUGAGCGUAAACCAGCGGAGACUGCCGUCUAUAAACGCCACAUCUGUUGAGAGACGCUAGUAAAUAUUGUCGUACCAGCCAAUACUGAACAUUGUCGCGAUACAACAGCAGGCGGGUGAUGGAUUUUUAAAGCUCUUGUGGAAAUAUAGAGAUUAUAAUGAAAUGUUUCCCUUAUUAGGUAAUUUCCGCGUAUGAAAUUACUGGAAUUGAGUGCAAUGUCGUAAAAAUGAAUGUAUUACGACAUAAAAAUAGGAUGGAAUUUCGUCGGCAGUGAAAACGGCGGAGUUGUCGGUAUGGGUCUUGUGGGCCUUUGUUAAGUAAUGGCAAGGACCCACAAAGGUUGUUGUUCCACCUUGCAUCUUCGAGAGGACAAUGCUCGCUUUUUUCUGCUCAUGCUAGUUAUGGUGGUUUAUAUGUUGGUUGGCGCUUCGGUGUUUAUGGUGCUUGAAAAGGAAAAUGAAGAAAAAGAAAAGAAAAAUUACGAUACUCAUUUACAAAGUUUUUAUGAUAAAUAUCCGUCGGUUAAUAAAAGUGACCUGGAACAUUUACUGAAAAUCCAUUCGGAAGCGGAGUCUGCUGGCUUCGUGGGAAACAAGAGACCAAGGUGGGAUUUUUCCGGAUCCUUUUAUUUCGUCGGAACUGUUGUAUCCACCAUCGGGUUUGGAAUGACAACACCCCGCACGACAGAAGGAAAAGUACUGCUGAUAUUUUAUGGCUUCUUCGGCUGUGCGGGUGCCAUCUUGUUCUUCAACUUAUUUCUAGAAAGGAUUAUAACAUUUCUAGCGUAUAUACUACGAGCAAUUCAUGAUCGCAAGAUGAAAAGGAAAAUGGGACUGAACAAUAAUAACGAUGACAGCCGCCGAGAUUCUGGUUCACUUGAAGAGGACUCCUUAACUGAGUGGAAACCUUCUGUUUAUUGGGUCAUGUUAAUUUUGUUGUUGGGAGCAGUUGUUGUGGCCUGCUGUGCCUCCGCUAUGUAUUACCCUGUUGAAGAAUGGACAUAUUUUGAAGCGAUUUAUUUCUGUUUUGUGACCUUUGCAACGAUAGGUUUUGGUGAUUACGUAGUAAGUCAAAAGGAAUAUUAUGAUAGCGUCCAUUUCUACCGUCUAGGAAACUUCAUUUUCAUAGUAAUAGGAUGCUGUUGCAUAUAUAGUUUGUUUAAUGUUACGUCUAUUGUGAUAAAACAAGCAUUAAACUGGAUUAUCAAAAAACUUAAUUGUGAAUGUCGGGUUCGUCGGCCGCCUACUGGCCGGCGGAAUGCAAUAACGCCGGGACAUCUUAGUCGGCGAACGAAGGGCAAUACGGUGACGGUAGAUGUUGAAUGUGAUAGUGAUUCCGAGGGCGGCGGUAGAAGAAACUCGGGGGAAAUGAUUUCUAUGCGGGAUUUUUUGCAGGCAAACAAAAUAUCUUUAGCAAUGAUGCAGAAGCAACUGUAUGAGACAUCCCAGCGCGCGCAAGGUGGGUCUGGAAAUGGCUUUCAGGGUGGAGUAGGUCCUCUUGCAAUAUUAAAUAGAAAACUAGGUCAAGAUGAUGUGUGAUAUUCUGUGAUGACUUUAACAGGUUUUGCUCAAAUUUUACACAGAUGAAAACCGAAAAUGGUUUAAUUCUUGCAUCACUUUUGCUUUAAAGCAUAUAUGUGGAAUUGCCUUUCGUAGUGGAAUGUAUAGAAUGCAGAAAGGUACGUUCAUGAAAACAUAAACUUCAAGAACAGAUACAAGUUAUUCUCGCAUAUGAGAAUUCAUAAUUUUAUCAUGUCCAAAACAUUGCGGAAUGAAACUUAUUUCACAUUGGUAUUGAUUACAUUUUACUCGGACUUUAUCAUAGACUCCCUAUGUAAAAUCUCAAACUUUGAACUAAAAAUAUAGGUAUUAAAUCGAUAUAAUAUUUCAAUGAAACUUCAAAGUUUUGUUGUUUGUAGCAUCAUCUGGGUCAUAUGCAGUGAAAAAUCUUAAUCUGAUUUCUAAAAUAGAGUGAUAUUUAUUUCUAAAGUCACUAUAUGUUCAUUGUAAAUAUACUUUUUAUACCCAAGUAGAAACUGGCGGGUACUCGAAAAUCUAGCUCUCUGAUUGACCAAUUAGAACCCCUAAUGUCCUGUGAUGUCAUGAUAAAGUUAUGAAUAGACAGAUGAAAAUGGAUACAGAUGUAUUGUCAGAAAAUAUUUCAUCAAAUCUUAAACUUUAUAUCACUGAAGAAAUGAAAUAUGGCUUUGUUCACAACUGCAAAGAAGUCUUCUUUUUUUACAUACUACGCUCGACAUUUGAUUGUGGCAACUAAUUGGCCAACUUUUACAAUUGUAUGUGAUCAAAAUAAUUAACUAGGUAAAUCAAUUUUAUUUUUUCUGUUUGUAGCUCUUAGUAGAUUAUGAAACAUAUUCAGUUCUGACACAUUGUUUAUUGUUGUUAAAUAGUUUUCUCUAACAUCUCAACUAAUGAA